CAGCACCCCUGCGGCUCCCAGCCAGCGAUGGCACCCCUGCUACCCAGCCGGAGUGUGCCCUCCAUCCUGGUUCUGCUGGCUGUCCUGGCCCCGGGCGCUGCAGUAUUCAACAUCUCAAGCCUCUCCGGCCUGCUGUCCCCGGCACUGACCGAGAGCCUGCUGGUCGCCCUGCCGCCCUGUCACCUCACAGGGGGUAAUGCCACCCUGACGGUCCGGAGAGCCAACGACAGCAAAGCGGUGAGAUCCAGCUUCGUGGUGCCGCCGUGCCGCGGGCGCAGGGAGCUGGUGAGUGUGGUGGACAGCGGGGCCGGCUUCACGGUCACCCGGCUCAGUGCCUACCAGGUGACGGACCUCGAGCCAGGGACCAAAUACUACAUUUCCUACCUAGUGAUGAAGGGGGCAUCCGCUGAGUCCAGCAGAGAGAUCCCAAUGUCUACCCUUGCUCGAAGGAAGGUGGAAUCCAUCGGGCUGGGAAUGGCCCGGACGGGGGGCAUGAUCGUCAUCACGGUGCUGCUGUCCGUGGCCAUGUUCCUGCUGGUGCUGGGCUUCAUCAUCGCCCUGGCGCUGGGCGCCCGCAAGUGAGGCCCACGCCGGGCAGGGCCUCCCCC